AAUGUUCCAGCAUCACCGCCUUUCUUUAAAUCCUCUUCCCGAGCUCUCAAUUCUACCCCUAUCCGUAAUGCUAAACCGCCUUCCAGCGUUGAACCUCGAAAAGUGGCGUGCCACCCGGACAGGACCUUUAGCCACAUUAUCUCCUCCUGGCAUAAUAAGACCUCAGAAGAGCCGUCUGAUGGCUCAAAGGAUUCAGAACAGGUAUACGUCAUUGAACUCAUAAAACGUGGAUCUAACGUCUUCUGUACCGGCGGUGCUGGCACCGGAAAGUCUCAUCUCAUCAGACGGGUUCUUGAUUUGGUGUCUCUGCUAUGGUGGCCGACAAAACACGUAGAUGUGGCGAAGUCAAGUCUGGAGGGGGUGUUGGGCCGCACGGUUGGCAAUGGCACACCAACCAUUACAAUGAUUGUUCCGUAUUUAGACGGCGGCCGCGUUGCAUGGGUGACGCUCAUUUGUUGUGGUGUGGACUCUUCAGUCGGCUAA